AUGGCACUGCUGGACACAGAGUUUGAGGUGAAGGGCAGCAGCAUCAUCAGGGAGUGGAGUGGACAGGUCCAGCCAGCGCUGGUCAUCUCCUUGGUUUUCCUCUUCUGUCUGGAAGCCUGUCUGUGGGUCAGGAAUCUCAGACUCAAGAGAAGGUUGCCAGGACCCUUUGCCUGGCCAGUGGUGGGCAAUGCCAUGCAGCUGGGGCAGAUGCCUCAUAUCACCUUCUUCAAGCUGGCAAAGAAGUACGGCAACGUGUAUCAGAUAAGACUGGGCUGCAACAACAUAGUGGUGCUCAAUGGAGACACAGCAAUACGAGAAGCCUUGGUUCAACACAGCACAGAGUUUGCAGGCAGACCCAACUUUGUGUCUUUUCAGUCAGUGUCUGGUGGUAACAGCAUGACAUUCACUAACUACAGCAAACAGUGGAGGACGCACCGGAAGAUCGCUCAGACCACCAUUAGAGCUUUCUCUUCUGCCAACAGCCAAACCAAAAAAGCAUUUGAGGAGCACGUUGUGGCAGAGGCCACUGAGCUCAUUGAAGCUUUUCUCAAACUCAGUGCUGAGGGAGAGUUUUUCAACCCUGCUCAUGAACUGACUGUAGCUGCUGCAAAUGUAAUCUGUGCCCUCUGCUUUGGAAAACGUUAUGGACAUGAUGACAUUGAGUUUAGAACCCUUCUGGGCAGCGUGGACAAGUUUGGAGAGACGGUGGGGGCUGGCAGCUUGGUGGAUGUCAUGCCCUGGCUUCAGUAUUUCCCAAAUCCUGUCCGCAGUGUCUACCAGAGCUUCAAAGACCUCAAUAAAGAGUUUUUCACCUUUGUGAGAGACAAGGUUGUGGAGCACAGGGAGACAUUUGACCCUGAAGUGACCCGGGACAUGAGUGAUGCCAUUAUUGGAGUCAUUGACAAGGCAGACAGUGAUACCGGGUUGACGGAGGCUCACACAGAAGGGACAGUGUCUGAUCUGAUUGGUGCAGGACUGGAUACUGUGUCCACCUGCCUUCAUUGGAUGCUCCUUUUAUUGGUGAAAUACCCCAACAUCCAAACCAAACUGCAGGAGCAGAUUGACAAAGUGGUAGGCCGUGACAGGCUGCCCUGUAUUGAGGACAAAGCCAGCCUGGCUUACCUAGAUGCUGUUAUCUAUGAGACCAUGCGCUACACCAGCUUUGUACCCCUCACCAUCCCCCACUCCACCACCUCAGAUGUCACCAUCGAAGGCUUCCACAUCCCCAAAGACACAGUGGUCUUCAUCAACCAGUGGUCUGUCAACCACGACCCUUUAAAGUGGAAGGACCCACAUCUCUUUGACCCUUCACGGUUCCUAGAUGAAAACAGUGCCCUUGACAAGGAUCUGACCAACAGUGUGAUGAUAUUCUCAGCAGGAAAGAGGCGAUGUAUCGGUGACCAGAUCGCCAAAGUGGAGGUCUUUUUAUUUUCUGCUAUUUUGAUUCACCAGUGCACCUUUGAAAAUAAUCCAAAUCAGGACCUCUCCUUAGACUGCUCCUAUGGGUUAACACUGAAGCCCCUGAACUACAACAUCUCUGCCAAACUCAGAGGAGAAUUACUUACUGGGCCAUAA